AUGGCGGAUAAACAAACAAAUUCAUACUAAAUAUAAAAAACUUUCUUCUUUAAGAUGCAACCUCCCUCCUUGCGAUCUGUCGCCCAGACUAUCAUCGUAAGGACCCUAGUCUGCAGGCCUACGGAUUGCAUAGAGCGACAGCUGCUGUUAGAAACGCUGAAGACAACAAAAGGAACUUGUUUGAGCGAAGAAAUCUUGUUGUUGGUGGCAGAGUUGUUUCCAAAGGAAUUGACUGACGAGUUACUUUGUGUUCUUGCUCCAGAACAUCUGAGGCACCUGAAGUUGAAGGACUGUAGUUCAUUGACUUGUGAUGGAGUUAUUGAAACAAUAACCAAAUGUAGUCAUCUGACCUACAUUGACUUCAGUUCCUGUGAGAAUCUUCUGCGGCCCGUUCUCUACUGCUGCUUGAAGGACAAUGCUCCUAAUAUCACUCACUUGUCUUUUGAAGACUGCAAUAUAAUGACAGAUGAUGGAGUACAGAUAAUCCUAAUGUGUUGUCCAGGACUAGAACACCUCAAUAUCUCCAGCUGCAACAACAUCACUGACAAAGCCUUUGCCAUGUCAUCAUCUUCUCCACCGAACAAAUCCUCCAAGUCUCCCCCCAAGCUAUCCCAGCGUGCUCUCCAAGGAGGCAAAAACCUUACGAGUGUUGACCUCUCAGGCUGUCAAUCAAUUACAAGUGCUGCAAUAAAAAAUCUAGUAGCUCUUUGUGGACCAACGUUAACAUCAGUCAACAUCUCAUGGACUGGAUUGGGUUGUAUUGCAUUAUUGUACCUAGCCGGAUUGAGUCCUCAAGCUGCAUUUCAGUUUGUUCAAGAAGUUGAUUCAUCUUAUUUAGGAGCUCUUUCUUCACUGACAGAGAAUGAAGAUAGUGGUAGUGAUAAUGAUAAUGAUGAAGAAUUGGAUCAAGAAAAUCAAGACAUAUCUGUAAAAAGCAAUAAAGCUGGUGUUAACCAAUCUUCAUACCUAGAAAAAGAUGAGCAUUUACGGAACUCUUUUCCUGCAGUUAAAUCUACCAAUGGUACAUACUAUGACGCAGAUCUUCAUAUGAAAGAUUCAAGUACUUCUGGAAAAUCUAAUUUCGAGAAGGUUGAUUUUUCUGCAAGCAAGAGUGGAGAAAGUGAAAGAAUUGAGAAAGAAGUAAAAGCUACAAAUCUAGAGAGUACGAAAAUCUUUACUAAAGAAAAAGAAAAUUCUGAAUGUUGGAAUGCUGAAGAUGAUAUGAAACAUUUGAAUGGAAGUGGGGAAAAAGUGGACGAUGAAAAAAUGGGAAUCACGGAAAUUGAUAGCACAGAAAUCUUUAAAAAGUGUGAAGAUUCAAAUGCUGAGGAAUAUGAGUAUGAUUUGAAUGAAAAUGGAAAAAUUGCAGAAACUAAAAGUGUGGGAACUUCAGAUACCGCAGAAGGUCAAAUUACAGAAUUUGUGGUUUCAACACCUGUGAGGUGUCAGGACAGUUACGGAAAGGAUGAACUUCAAGAAAAUAUUUUCCCAAGGAAGGAGGCAAUGGAGACUGAAACAACCACGUUAGAGGAAGAAAAUGAAAACUUGAAUUUAAAUAAGACAGAUAUGAAAAGUGAGGUUGAUUUUCUGAAUAGUCAAGCUGAUAAUAGUCAAACUGAUAAUAUUCAUUUAAUGUCACUCAGUUUUCCCACUGUUGGUCUUCCUUUGGCCAGUACUCUUGCAGCCAAUAGGCAUAGACCUCCAAAGUCAUCAGAUUUAAAGGUAUUGGAAGAGGAAUGGAUGUUGGCAUGGCAACAAGUCGGAGAUGAUGACUCUUGUAGUGAUAAUGAUGAGCUGUUUGAUAGUAUGUGGGGUGAUGUGCAUAAAUCAUCACAUGUCAAUUCUGUGUCAUCGGUAUUUGGUGAUGCAAUAUCUUGUCUUACUAGUGCCCUGGUGAACUUGGACUCAACUGAUGAUGAUGAUGAUGAUGAUACAAAGGUGCUACAACAACCUUCAAUUUCUACGAGUCAUAUUAGCAGUCGUGAUGGUGAUGGUGAUGAUGGUGUUCAAGGUAAUGAUGAUGCAGAUGAUGAUGAUGAUGAUACAAAGGUGCUACAACAACCUUCUAUUUCUACGAGUCAUAUUAGCAGUUGUGAUGGUGAUGGUGAUGAUGGUGUUCAAGGUGAUGAUGAUGCAGAUAAUGAUGAUGAUGAUGAUACAAAGGUGCUACAACAACCUUCUAUUUCUAUGAGUCAUAUUAGCAGUUGUGAUGGUGAUGGUGAUGAUGGUGUUCAAGGAGAUGAUGAUGCUGAUAAUGGUGGUGGUGUUGCUGCUGCUGAUGGUGAUGGUGGUGAUGAUCAUAGUAAGAUCAUUGUUACUCAUGAUGGUAUUAGUGAGAGUAGUGGUAACGUUGGUAGUUGUGCCAUCGAUAAUGGAAAUCAGAGAGAAUCAUUGGACGAUGCUGAUGAUCUAUUCACCGAUAUUCUUAACUUACAAGAAUGGCGCACUGAAGACAGUUCUUCUCUUCUGCAUGGCUUCAAUGAUGCCCUUCUUAGCCUUAGCAAUGCCAUGUUUGAAUUGAUGGACUCAGAUGAUGAUGAUGAAGAUGAUGAUGAUGGUGGUGAUGGCGAUGAUGCUGAUGGUUUUAAAGUUGAAGAUGAUGAUGGUGAUGAUGAUGGUGAUGAUGGUGACGAUGAUGAUGAUGAUGAUGCAGAUGAGGCUGUCGUUGGUGUUUGUGAUGGUGCUGAUGGUGGUGGUGGUAGUAGUGGUGGUAGAGAUGCUGCUGAUGAUGGUGGUGGUGAUGAUGAUGACGAUGAUGAUUAUGCACACGAGGCUGCYGUUGGUGUUGGUAAUGGUGCUAAUGACAGUGUUGCUGCUGCUGAUGACACUGCCAAUGAUACUUGCAGAGUUGAUAGCCUCAAUCCUUUAACUUUAGAACAAAUAAACUUAGUAAUGCUAUCUCAAGAUGACAAGGAAACGUAUCCAAAUAUUUUAGAUGGCGAGAAUUCUUCAGCUUCUGUUCAAAAUUCUAAUCUCAAUAUUCAAGACUUCGAAAAACAAAAUAUUUCAAAUAUUUCAACAAAGGAAGCUUCCGGACCAGAUAAUAAGUUAACAGGCUCAAAUAUAUUGGAUGUCAGUGUUACUGUUUCUACGAAGAGUAAUUUAAGUAUCGACACUCGAGGUUCCGAAGAAGAAAAUUAUUUUAAACUGAAUAAAAAGUCAGAUACCCUAGGAAGCGAAUUGUCUUGUGAAGGCAAUCCUGAUGUAGGACAUAAAACUUCCAGAGGUGAAGAAAGUUCCUGUGGAAGGAUACAAAACGAGUCGGAAUCAAGCAUUGAUUCUUUUUAUAAUACAAACGCUGAAAGUAGUUCUUCAUCUAAGGAUGACAGUCUUACUGUUCCCUACGUUACGGAACGUUCUGAGGAAGGAAAGGAGCCACUUAUACUGACACUGACCUAUAAGCCUCGUUUGCGUUCACUGGACAUAACUAGUAUACAUUUCCAUGGUAAAGCACUCGGCGUGGCUUGUCUUAAGCUCUUCUUCUCGGUGAAUAGAUCGUUGAAUAGUUUUGCAGUGUCGUGGUCGGAGCUCGAUGAUGAGACGUUAGUUGCUAUGGUAUCAAACCAGCCAGAACUUCGUUCCCUAACACUGACGGACUGUGAAAAAUUGAGGGAUCAAUCCCUACUCUCCUUACCAGUCCACUGUCCGUUACUCGAGAGCAUCGACCUGAGAGGCGUGGCUUUUGUCACAGAUCUAGGUGUGGUCCCCAUGCUUGAUUGUCCACGUCUUAAGACCCUAUCCUUGGCUGAGACAUCUGUGACUGAUAUCACAAUGUUUGCAUUGGCCGAGAAAUGUGGAGACAAGUUACGUGAUCUGGACCUAUCGUGGUGUGAAGAGUUGACAGACAGGGGUCGAUGUGCAAUGGCCGAGUCAUGCACUGGGCUUCAAAGCUUUGCACUACGUCAGUGCACUGCGUCAAGAAUCACCAUGGAAACGCUCUCAAUUUACUGCCAGUCUAUGACGUCACUCAAUGUUUCAAGCGUUGGUCAACUUACAGACGAAGUCGUCACUACCAUGGUAACCAGCAUGCCCAACCUUACCUUCGUUGACAUAAGCUGGAACCCAGACAUCACGUCCACGGGCGUCGGGGCUCUGUUGACUCACUGCGGGAGACUGGAAGAGGCUGUUCUGUCUGGGUUAAAAGCUUUGACUACCAAACCUUUCUUUGGGAUUAUUAGUGAUCUACCAAGAUGGCGGACAAAACAAGAGAUAAUGCUACGUAGGAUACUGAAGAACAAACAGAAUGAAGGACCAACAGAGACUUACAUCCAGCCGUGUGAUAUGGAGACAGCAAAGAGUCUUGGAGAAGACCUGCCAUUCAGAUCGACAACGUACAGCCCUGCUUUACGUAACCUUGUCCUGGAGUACAGUGACAUGGUUAACGAUGAACAUUUAUCGCAGAUUGUAGCGGUGUGUAGGGGGACACUAAAUAUUAAGGAUUAUUAUGGACAACCAAUAGAACCUAUGUGGAUUUUUUUGUGAAAUGAUGGAUCUCUUGAGGAUUAUGACUGGAUAUUAGAGGAAAGGCUAAGUAUUAGAGAUUAUUAUGGACAACCAAUAGAACCUAUAUGUGGAUUUUUUUGUGAAAUGAUGGAUCUCUUGAGGAUUACGACUGGAUAUUAAAGGAAGGCUAAAUAUUAGAGAUUAUUAUGGACAACCAAUAGAACCUAUGUGGAUUUUUUUAUGAAAUGAUGGAUCUUUUGAGGAUUACGACUGGAUAUUAGAGGAAGGCUAAAUAUUAGAGAUUAUUAUGGACAACCAAUAGAACCUAUGUGGAUUUUCUUGCGAAUUAGCGCUCUUGAGGAUUACGACUGGAUAUUAAAGAAAGGCUAAAUAUUAGAGAUUAUUAUAGACAACCAAUAGAACCUA